AUGCAGGCCAUCGCCGCCCCUCGAUUCCUCCUCCUCGCCGUGAUCCUCCUCACCUGGUCGAUCACGGCCAACGCCGCGGCCGCAGCUGGCCUCGCCCCGCGCAUCCCAGAGCCGCUGACCAUGGUCGCCGCCGACGGAAAGCUCUUCACAGACCCCGCCGCCGACAGCGGCGCCGCAAAGCCAACCACGCUGCAGCCGCCGUCCGCACCAUUCGAGGCGGCGGCAGCAAGCCGCGAGACCGAGGCUCCUCCCCCAUCGGGCCCGGCCGACCCCACCGCCGCAGGACCCCCACCAGCGGACCCGGCCAUCACACCGGCGCCGGCCACGGUGGACAUGCUGGACCAGGCGGGCAACAACUUCAUCCAGACGACCUACUACACCUGCGUCACCGUGGGCAGCUACUCCCACUGCGGAUGGCACGAGCCCAUCCUGGACGCGUCGAGCGGUGCCGAUGCCGGCCAGGUGUGCGUUUGGCACAAGGCCGCGCUAGCGGUAAUCGCCACGGUGGUGAUUAUUGCCUUCGACAUCAUGCGGUAG